UUUGCGUCAGCCCCGCCCCGCGGCGCUCAGUCGGGCGGCGGCGGCUGGCGGCGGAGGCGGCUCCGCCGGGCUGAGGAGCGGACGCGGGGACGCGGCUCGGGAUCGCGACACAAUGAGGCGAGUGGUACGACAGAGCAAAUUCCGGCACGUGUUUGGCCAGGCGGUGAAAAACGACCAGUGUUACGACGACAUCCGCGUGUCCCGUGUCACUUGGGAUAGCUCCUUUUGUGCAGUAAACCCCCGAUUUGUUGCAAUAAUAGUAGAUGCUAGCGGUGGCGGAGCCUUCCUCGUGCUGCCUUUGCACAAGACAGGCAGAAUUGACAAGUCCUACCCCACAGUGUGUGGCCACACAGGACCGGUGCUGGACAUCGACUGGUGUCCUCAUAAUGACCAGGUCAUCGCCAGCGGCUCUGAGGACUGCACUGUCAUGGUGUGGCAGAUUCCCGAGAACGGGCUCACCCUGUCCCUGACAGAGCCAGUGGUGGUGUUAGAAGGUCAUUCCAAGAGAGUCGGCAUUGUGGCUUGGCACCCGACAGCGCGCAAUGUGCUGCUCAGUGCAGGCUGUGAUAAUGCAAUCAUCAUCUGGAAUGUGGGAACAGGUGAAGCUCUCAUAAACUUGGAUGACAUGCAUGUGGAUAUGAUUUACAAUGUGAGCUGGAAUCGCAAUGGCAGCCUCAUCUGUACAGCUUCCAAAGACAAGAAAGUUCGAGUUAUUGACCCCAGGAAACAAGAAAUCGUUGCUGAGAAGGAGAAAACCCAUGAGGGAGCCCGGCCCAUGCGAGCCAUUUUCCUUGCUGAUGGAAACAUCUUCACAACUGGCUUCAGCCGCAUGAGCGAACGGCAGCUUGCCCUUUGGAAUCCAAAAAACAUGGAGGAGCCAAUAGCCCUUCAUGAGAUGGACACCAGCAAUGGGGUCCUGCUGCCGUUCUACGAUCCAGAUACCAACAUCAUUUACUUGUGUGGCAAGGGUGACAGCAGCAUUCGCUACUUUGAGAUCACGGAUGAAUCCCCCUAUGUUCACUACCUCAACACCUUCAGCAGCAAAGAGCCGCAGAGGGGCAUGGGGUUCAUGCCAAAGAGGGGCCUUGAUGUGAACAAGUGUGAGAUUGCCAGGUUCUUCAAGCUUCACGAGAGGAAAUGUGAGCCCAUCAUCAUGACGGUUCCUCGAAAGUCGGACCUCUUCCAGGAUGACCUGUACCCUGAUACAGCCGGGCCAGAGGCAGCUCUGGAAGCUGAGGAGUGGUUUGAGGGCAAGAAUGCCGAUCCCCUCCUCAUCUCCUUGAAGCAUGGGUACAUUCCAGGCAAGAACAGGGAUCUAAAGGUGGUCAAGAAGAACAUACUGGACAACAAGCCUGCCGCAAACAAGAAAAGUGAUCUCAUAAAUGCCCCAAAGAAGGCAGCUGAUGCCUCAAACACUCAAAACGAAGCCAAAUUGGAUGAGAUUUUGAAAGAGCUGAAAUCCAUCAAAGACACCAUCACCAACCAGGACGAGCGCAUUUCCAAGCUGGAGCAGCAGAUGGCAAAGAUCGCGGACUGAGCGGGGCGCCAGCCCAGGCACAUUCCAGUUCCCAGUUGAGCAAGCAGCAGCCUGCAGCAUUCCAGUACGAGCUUUCCUGUUCUCCUCAAUUCACGUCAACGAGAGCGAUGAUUUCAAGCCAAGCUUUUUAGUGAAAGAUCUUUUUCUUUUUUCCUGAUGUUUUAAUGAAUUUUGUGACUGUGUCAACCGAGUCCACCACAAAAAGUGCUACUUUGACAGGGUUUUAUUUCCUUCCCACCCAGAUGUUCUGAGUUCUUGACGACAAAUCCAUCCUUGACUCUCGAUGUUGUGCCCAGAGAUCUUUUUCUAGCUGUAGGGACCAAUGCCACAUUGUUCUUACCCAUUUUUUAAAGUUGCCAAAAAAAAAGAGGAAAAAAAAAAUAACUUGCUUUUUAUUUUUCUGAUUUGCCACUUUUGCAGUAUUUGUGUUUUCAAUUCCCAGGGACAGCACGGCCUCCGUGUGUGUGUGUGUGUGUAUGUGUGUGUGUGUGUGUAUGUGUGUGUGUGUGCUGAGUGUUUCUACUGCUCAGAGAACAAAACUGAAGCUAUUUUGUAUAAACCUUAGGUUUUGAGCUAUCAGAUGGGUUUCUGUUGCAGUGUGGCCAAGGCUGCUGCUGAGGCCCCCCAGGAGCUGCCUCUCCUGCCUCCCUGCCGUGUCCCCAUCACCACUGCCUGACUGCUCACAUUGGAAGUGGGUGCCAUGGUUUAGUGGGAGGUGUCCCUGCCCAUGGCAGUUGGAACUGGAUGGUCUUAAGGUCCUUUCCAACCCUAACAAUUCUAUGAUUCUAAGUCAGUCUGAAUGAGGUGUUUCUCCCUAAAACACCUCUUCUUUUACUCAACUUACAAACUAACAUCACUUUGCCCUUUGAAAGCAUCCCCUUGUUUGGGAUUCCUCCAGCCAUGUGCAGAAGGGGCAGGUUUUUACUUUGAGGCAGAAGUUCCUUUCGUGCAGGAGAUGUUUUUACCUUCAUCCAUGGAGUAGAGCUUCAGGUGAGCCACGGGGGUCUCCAGGUUCUCCGUGGUGUCUGUUCCAGCCACGUGUUGCUGUAAAUACUUGUUUCUGCACCACCAACGCUCGGCUUUAAGAAGCUUUUGAAUGCCACGAGCUUGCAAUUCCCUGGCCCUUUGCUCAGUGCUGAUGUUAGAAACUGAGGCUCUGCUUCCGAAGCAGCGUUAGCAGCAGCCAAGUGGCUUUAUCACAAUGGGUCUCCAGAAACAAAAUGCAUCUCUUAGUUUAAGAAUCUUAUCCUUCCUCUCCAUCAUUCCUGCCUCAGCACCCCACUGUGCUGGAGAUCCAUCCCUGGAAGUGCUCAGGGCCAGGCUGGAUGGGGCUUGGAGCAUCCUGUUCUAGUGGAAGGUGUCCCUGCCCAUGGCAGGGGGUUGGCAUUGGAGGAGCUUUAAGGUCCCUUCCAACCCAUCUGUGAUUCUCUGAAACCAUUUGCUCCCAGAUCAGAUGAGCAUCCUCGAGCUCCAGGCGCUUCACUCCCAGGUCAGUGGAGCAGUAGGGACUGGGAAAGGUGCUUUUGAUCCCAGCUGGAGAGCUGCUUUCUCACAUGGUCCUUUGGGAUCCUUGCUGGAGCCACCCCAUGAGCACACCAGGCUCAUAUGCUCCUCAUGGGAUUCCUUGGAGGCCUCAAGCUCUGCUUAAGAGGAAUUGUGGCUGCAAGGGGACAGGUCCCUGUGGUGUGAGUGGGAUCCAUGUGCUCUGGAAGCCCCACUGGGCUGGAUGGGUGCUGCCCUCCCCGCAGUGCUGGGGCGGUGUUGGCAACCCAAAGUGGACAAAGACCGUGGGGUGCCCAAGAACUGUUGGCUGAGGAGCCUCAGUGCCUGUCCUGGCCAGGGGCUGAUCCCUGAAACAGCUCCCUGCAUCCCUGAGCUGCAUGCAGGGAGUGUGCUUGGAACCACAGCAGAGCAGCAUCCCUGGUGGCUGCCGCUGGGCAGGAGGAACAUGUCCCUUCCUCCAGGCUGAAGUGAUGGCUUGGAUUCUCGUUUUCCAUUAGGAUAGCUAGAAAUCUUCACAUUCCCUGUUUUCCCCAGUGUUUGCAUGUUCAGAACUGGCAGGUUGAGGAUUCUGUGUGCUGGAGAGAUGUCUGUGUGUGUGUGUGUGUGAGGUGAAACCACACCGUGGGGAUGGCCAAGUGACGGAGCUGCAGGGGGAUGUGAGGAUGUGUUCUGCUUGCAUGGAAGCUUCAUCCACGUGGGUUUUGUGUUGGAAGUGGUGAGCACAGGAGAGGAGUAUCCAUGACCACUGAUGCUGGAUUCCCAAUCCAGUUUCUCCGGGUUACUUGCCUGUUUGGUGCUGGUUUUGUAUUGCAGUAAAUGGCUGAGAUUUAAGGUGUAUGUUUUAGUUUUAUUUCAAUUCUUCCUUUGGAAACCAAACCCAUGAUGCUCCCCCGAUGCUGAGCUCUGUGUCCAUGUGUUCCUGUUGCUCCAGGCCCGUGUGCCUGGGGAUGCUCUGUGGUUUUCAGUUGGAGGCAAAUGAGUGUUUGGAGCCUGGAAGUGCCCCAGGAGGCCAAUGUGAGGGAGAUGGUCCGAGGAGGGCAGAGGAUUUAGUUGCUAAGCUUGUGUUUUAUUUCAUGGACCUGAUGCCUACCCAGGCUCAACCGGAGUCAGUGCCUGAAGCUUUUUGUAGCCGUGAUAUCCCAGAAGAGAACCAGCGAAGUACCCGAACGAUGCGCUCUUAUAGAGCGGCCAUAGUAUCUGUCCAAAUCUUUGCUUCCAUUUUCAAAAGAUAAAGGUCAUUGAUUAUAAACUG